AUGCUCCUGCAAGUUUUGCGGGAGGGGCCCCUCGGGGGGCUUCUGACCUCCUGCAGCCUCCUCUUGCCUCGGGCUGCCCAGGCCUUGGCGGUCGAGGCUGGCCUACCUCCCAGCCGGUCCUUCAUGGGCUUUGCUGCCCCUUUCACCAACAAGCGGAAGGCUUACUCCGAGCGUAGGAUCAUGGGGUACUCAAUGCAGGAGAUGUAUGAAGUCGUGUCGAACGUUCAGGAGUAUCGCGAGUUUGUGCCCUACUGUAAGAAGUCUCUGGUGGUAUCCAGCCGUAAGGGUCACCUGAAGGCCCAGCUGGAGAUUGGCUUUCCACCUGUGAUAGAACGUUACACCUCAGCAGUUUCCAUGGUCAAACCUCACAUGGUCAAGGCUGUUUGUACUGAUGGCAAGCUCUUCAACCAUUUAGAGACCAUUUGGCGAUUCAGCCCUGGUAUUCCUGCUUACCCCCGAACCUGCACUGUGGACUUUUCGAUUUCCUUUGAGUUUCGUUCUCUGCUGCACUCCCAACUGGCCACCAUGUUUUUUGAUGAGGUUGUCAAACAGAAUGUUGCUGCCUUUGAGCGUCGGGCAGCCACCAAGUUUGGUCCAGAAACAGCCAUCCCCCGUGAACUGAUGUUCCAUGAGGUGCACCAGACUUGAGGCAAAGGACUGCUCCCUAACCUCUCCUCUACUCCCCCUCCCUACCCAGUUUAUUUAUUUGGUUUGGCUUCUGCCCCAAUCUGAGAGGGAUCUGUGUUCUUAAUACUGUUCCUUCUCUCAUUUCCCCAGAAACUGGGCUCUAUGCUGAUCAGAAAUUCUGGGGGAAAGACAGGGGGUUUGAAAAUAUGACAUGCCAAGAAAGGGUCAGGCCCAUCCUGAGAGCCCCAUAUGCCUGUAGCCUUUUCACAAUGAAUUAGAAUCAGAACUGUGUGGACACCUUAGUGUUUGACCAGGGGAAGACAAUCACUUUUCCAAGCAUUAUAUAAAUUGAGCCUUUCUUCUAGCACAGAGGUCCUGGGUGGAAAGUAGCUUCUGCCCUGCCUGAGAUCUCCCCAGAAGAAAAGCCAACCUGCCCCCAGCCUGAAAUACAUAAGCCUCACUGUAAGGAUAUUCCCACGCUGCCUGGCUAGUGGAAAGCAAGGGGCUUUCUUACCGUCAGUGCCGCAGGGCCAAGGAGGAAAUAAAACAAAACACAGAACUGAGUUGCCUCUGUACUCUUGGGCUUCCACUUGGCCUGAGUUUUUAUAAAAUGUCAAUAAAUUGUGACAGUGUGAA